AAUGAGCGGGAGGAGACCCUCACCACCAACGUUUGGAUCGAGAUGCAAUGGACCGAUUAUCGCCUGCGGUGGGACCCUGAGAAAUACGAUGACAUCCAGCUGCUGCGGGUGCCCUCCACCAUGGUCUGGCUGCCCGACAUCGUCCUGGAGAACAACAUUGACGGGACAUUCGAAAUCACCCUCUACGCCAAUGUGCUGGUGUCCUUCGAUGGCAGCAUCUACUGGCUGCCCCCCGCCAUCUACCGCAGCUCCUGCUCCAUCCACGUCACCUACUUCCCCUUCGACUGGCAGAACUGCACCAUGGUCUUCCAGUCACAGACCUACAGCGCCAACGAGAUCAACCUGCUGCUGACGGUGGAGGAAGGUCAGACCGUGGAGUGGAUCUUCAUCGACCCCGAGGCUUUCACAGAGAACGGUGAAUGGGCCAUCAAGCACCGUCCCGCUCGGAAGAUCAUCAAUUCGGAGCAGUUCACCCCUGAUGACAUCCAGUACCAGCAGGUCAUCUUCUACCUCAUCAUCCAGCGCAAGCCACUCUUCUACAUCAUCAACAUCAUCGUGCCCUGCGUGCUCAUCUCCGCCAUGGCCGUGCUGGUCUACUUUCUGCCCGCCAAAGCGGGCGGGCAGAAAUGCACCGUCUCCAUCAACGUCCUCCUGGCUCAGACCGUCUUCCUCUUCCUCAUUGCCCAGAAGGUGCCCGAGACCUCCCAGGCUGUGCCCCUCAUUGGGAAGUACCUGACCUUCCUCAUGGUGGUGACCGUGGUGAUCGUGGUGAACGCUGUCAUCGUCCUCAAUGUCUCGCUGAGAACACCCAACACUCACUCCAUGUCCCAGAGAGUGCGCCAGGUGUGCCUGCACCUCCUGCCCCGCUACCUGCACAUGCACAUGCCGGAGGAGGCACCGGGGCCGCCACAAGCUGCCCGGAGACGCAGCUCCCUGGGACUCAUGGUGAAAGCCGAUGAGUACAUGCUCUGGAAAGCCCGGACUGAGCUGCUCUUCGAGAAGCAGAAGGAGAGGGAUGGGCUGAUGAAAACCGUGCUGGAGAAGAUCGGUCGUGGCAUGGACAGUGGCAGUGUCCAGGACUUCUGCCAGAGCCUGGAGGAGGCUGGCCCCGAGAUUCGUGCCUGCGUGGAUGCCUGCAACCACAUUGCCAAUGCCAUGCGGGAGCAGAAUGACUUCAACAGCGUGAGUGGAGGCUGGGUCCUGAGGGGACGGGUAAUCGACCGCGUCUGCUUCGUCGUCAUGGCCUCCCUCUUCGUGUGCGGCACCAUCGGCAUCUUCCUCAUGGCUCACUUCAACCAGGCGCCCGCCCUGCCCUUCCCCGGGGACCCCAAGCCAUACCUGCCGCAGUGA